UGACAUUGACCUCCAAGAUCGAAUUGCAGCUUGAAGGAACAUGUUCGCAAGUCGCCCAGAGCAGUACACGAGCUCUGGGAGCACGACAGUUGCGAUGGCGUCGCAGGCCGACGUUCACGCCAACUACGGUUCUCCGUGGUCCCCGAUGCGGGUACUUGGCUCUUUGAACACAGUGUGCGAACCGUACCCGCCGGAUGCUCAUUUGGAGCAGGGCGCUGGUGCCACUGUAGCUUCCUCCAGCAUGCUACUAUUAGACAUGCCGUCGAUCCAAGAACCCCAAUGGCUCCCAAGCCUCGAGGUCGAGAAAACGGGAUUUUUUCCGACGGAUCCCGUAUGGCUCGCAUGCAACGAAUUGCCGGAGGCCAGAUUCAGCGAUCGGCGGCGUCGCGGGUACGGCUCCAAUCUCGUCGAAUUGCCUAUUCCUCGGAUGGCAUCCCCGUUUGAGGCUCCCGCAAUGGUGGCUCAGCCGGACCUCUCGCCGCUUUUGAUCGUGUCUUCAUCACUUUCAGCUCCUGGGGCGGUUCCGACCUCGGCAUGUGACAUGGAUGUCGAUGAAUCAUACCACAGCUGCUCCAGCAAUAGCCAGCCGGUCCAGAACGACGGUAGGAUCAAGCGCAAGGCCUCGUGCGAUGCAGGACAGGGAGAAGGUGCCACCUCGUCUCCCGCACGUAAGAGCCGCCGCCUAUCCCGCGCGGACGCCAUCCGUCACCACACAUGA